GUGUGUGUAACGAAAUGUACUUGGAUGACAGCGCGUAUGCUGACGCGCCUAAGAAUAUUUGGUUUAGGGUAAAUGAAGAGAUGGAAGAAUAGUUCGAAAGUUACAAGAAUGAUUCAGUAACAUGUCUACAUAUUUUUUUUUGAGGUGGGCUUAUUGGUGGACUAUUAUAAUUAUCAAUCAAGUACCGUUGUUGUUUGUUGUAUAGAAGAUAAGUACGUCAAAUGUAUGGUGGCUUGUGGCUGCACAAAAGAGGAGACGCGUGGAAAGAUUAGAAAAGCAGGAGAAGCUACGUUCAAAAAGAACGGACAUAAGAGAAUAAGUUGAAGAAAAAAGAAAGAUUAAAAGUGAGCGUUUGAAAAUUCAAAUCAGAAUGGACGAAUGUAUGUUGAAUGAUUUGUUAGAAUGUUCGGUGUGUCUCGAACGAUUAGAUACAUCAAGCAAAGUACUUCCCUGUCAACAUACCUUUUGCAAGAAAUGUUUAGAAGAAAUAGUUAGCACUCAUCGCGAAUUGCGUUGCCCAGAAUGCCGCAUUUUAGUUGAUGCUAAAGUGGAUGAUUUACCUCCUAAUGUAUUGCUGAUGCGUAUUUUAGAAGGAAUGCGUAAUGCAGCACCUAAAUCUACAAAAUCUAUUACUAAAAGUAAUGCAGGCUCUCAAAGACUCUUUGGUGGCCAUCAAGUAACUUCAGCUUCUAUCGUAACUACUAGUCCUACUCCUGCUGCAUUCACAAAUGAACCAAUUCGGCAUGGCAAUGCAACAGCAAAACAGAUUCAAGUACACAAUCAGACAUAUAGCAGAGCAAUCUAUGAUUAUAUAUCUAAAGUCCCAGGAGAUUUGUCUUUUAAGAAAGGUGAUAUUGUCAUUCUUCGUAAAAAAAUUGAUAAUAAUUGGUAUUUUGGAGAAAGUGCUAAUAGUCAUGGAGUUUUUCCAUUAUCUUAUGUUCAGGUAAUGGCACCAUUGACACCAGAUGUUCCUCAGUGCAAAGCUUUGUAUGAUUUUAGAAUGACUAAUGAUGAUGAAGAUGGCUGUCUUACAUUUAAUAAGGGUGAAAUUAUUAGUGUUAUUAGAAGAGUUGAUGAAAAUUGGGCAGAAGGAAAACUUUUGGAUAGAAUUGGCAUCUUUCCAUUGGCUUUUGUAGAAUUGAAUAGCGUGGCAAGAGCUUUAAUGAAACUUUCAACGAAUGCACAACCAGGUCCAUCAAGAGUAGCACCUCCUACACCCACCAAUGAAGAAACUACACCCCUUAUACCAACUGAUCAUUCGCGUAAUUUACAAACAAGUCAACCAAGACCUCAACUUGUGCAGAAUACAAUUUUACCAGUUUCUGAUACCAUUUCAAAUGUCUCAUCAGGAGGUAGUUCUUCAACUACCACUCCAAAUACACCUAAUAGUUCAACUACAUCUAGCAGUUCUAGCACUGCUCCAAGUAGUCCUAGUAGCCCAGCAACAUCUCCUCCUGCAGCUGGAAAUAGACAUAAUGUUAAACGUCAUAGUUUCACUGCUGUUAAUACUAGUCAUCAGACUCAUGUACAUCAUAGACAUAGUGCUGAAAUACUUAGCCCUCCAGUAGACAACGCUGUUGGUAACAGUAAUAGUAGUUGCAGUAAUGAUUCAUUUUCUUCACUGCAGACAAAUACCAGCAUUGUAGAUCACAAUCUUCGACAUAGACGAAGCGGUAGUAGUGAUCUUGCUCUUGCACAGACAUCACAGGGUGUGUCUCCAGGUGUAAUUGGAAACACUCAUUUACCAGCUGCAUAUAUAGCACUAUAUCCAUAUAAACCUCAAAAAGCAGAUGAACUUGAAUUAAGAAAAGGUGGCAUUUAUAUGGUGACGGAACGUUGUCAAGAUGGGUGGUUUAAAGGAACUUCUAAUCGUACUCAAAAGUGUGGAGUUUUUCCAGGAAAUUAUGUUGCACCUGCUAAAUGUCAACGUGGUUUGUGUCGAGGAUUACCAAAUACCGGGCAGCAUCAGAAUUUGCUAUCAUCAACAAGCCAAAAUAGUACUGAGUCACGAAUAACUGCGACUUAUACUAAAAAUAAAGGAUCGGUUCCUCAACCCUAUAACUCGCGUACAUUGUUACCACCAGAAUUACCACCACGCGCUAUUAGUCCGUCUUUCAUGGUAUCAUCAUCUUGGCAUGGUCAAAGUCAGACUCAAAAUCAAGAAAGCAGUCCUCCUCGAUACAAGGAACAAAAUUCAGCAAAUCCUCUUGGGCGUAGUCAUAGUGCUGUUAUGUCACCGAAUAUUUCUUCUCCUGGAAAGCAAAUAACUUUACCACAAUCACUAAUGACUACAACUACCAUUACUAGUAUUAAUAAUAGUGGCCCUGCUGUUACUGGUGCUGCUUCUUCCAUCAUGAAUGAAAUGAAUAAAAGUCCAAAUAGUAUUUUGCAUGCUGUGGCUUCUCCUUCUUCUGCUGCAUCUAUUUCUGUAUCGAAAAACACUGAAAAGCAGAGGGAAAAAAAGGAUAAAUGUGUUUCUUUAAUGCGUCGAUUAACCAAUAUCAAGAAAUCAAAAUCACCACCACCUACUACAUAUUCAAUGGAUAAUCCUGUUUUCGAAGAUAGUAAUUCCAUCAAUCCAGUACAUGUUCGAUCGGGAUCUUGCCCAAGUCAGUUGCUACAGGUGGGAGCUACACAGGAAUUAAAUGCUUCAAACAACCACCAUCGUUUGUGUCCAGGCUCUGUGCAGGGACAUGUCACAUCUUCACAAAGACUUAAAUACAAGGAGAGACCAUCUUUACCGGUCUCAAUUCUUCAAAGAUCUAACGAGUCAGGUGGAAUGGCAUGUACACCAAUAGGAAAUCAUCACCGUAAGAGUAAUUCCUUAGAUGCUGGUAUGGGAAAGCAAGCGAAGCAACAAUCUACUCGCGAACGAGAACGAGUAUAUCGAUUUCGUUGUAUUGUGCCAUAUCCACCUAACAGCGAAUUUGAAUUAGAACUUCGAGUAGGAGAUAUAAUUUAUGUGCACAAAAAGCGUGAUGAUGGCUGGUACAAAGGCACUCAGCAAAGAACUGGUCGUACUGGUCUUUUUCCGGCAAGUUUUGUCGAAGCUUUCUGAGAUACAGCGCA